AUGAUGUUCAUCACUUUGCCUGACAUGGCAUACUUUAUGGCUACUGGUUCUUCAAAGAAGCAAAGAAGAUCAAAGAAGGAUGUACAGCCUAGUCCUUCGAAAGCUAAUCCAGUUGCAAAGAAAGUUGCUGUUCCUUCGAAGGAAGUGGGGGUAACUCGCAAACUCCAGAUCAGUCGCAAGGGGGUUCUCAUUCGUGAGAUUCCUACCCAAGCAUCCCUAGCUUCAAAGAAAAGACGCGCUGAGGAUAUGGCGAAGCGAAUAUCCAAGAAACAAAAGAAACAACGAAACUUACUUAUUCAAGAUGAUUCAAUGGAUGAAGAUAUUGUUCCUGAGACUCAACUUGAAGAUAAUUGA